AUGUCUGAACCUUCAAAGUCUUCUUCUUAUUCUUUUUUUAAUAUAGUUGAAAAAUGUGAUAAUUAUCCAUACUCUGAUAAUACUAAAUCUAGUUCUAAACCAAAUGACAUUCCACUUCUUCUUGAUAAUGAUAUCAAAGUAGGCCUCCUCCUUCCUCCAACUGUUGAAGCGUUAAAAGAAUAUAUUCGUCUCAAAGAGCCAAACCCUUUUAUUAUAGAAGAUAAAUACGUUAAAUUUGCAGCACAUUUAAAUACGUUCGAAUCAAGAACAGAAAUUGUUAAACAACUAUUUAAUACGUGGAGAGAAGAGAAGAUUUUUCCGGCUCUUUCAGGCUGGCGGGAUGAAUUAUAUCCUAUAUAUGGUGAUCCGAAAAGUCCAAAAAAUAUAGCAUUUGUCAUGGAGCGUUGUGCGGCUCCAUUAUUUGGUGUGUUGACCUUCGGAGUUCAUUUGAAUGGAUAUACUAGGACUGAACAAGGUCAACUAAAAAUGUGGAUCGCAAAACGUGCAAGGACAAAACCCACUUGGCCUGGAUGGCUGGAUAACGCUGUAGCAGGUGGAAUUCCAUAUACACUAAGUGUAAGAGAGUCUGUUAUCAAAGAAGCAAUGGAAGAGGCAAGCUUAUCUAUGGAAAUUGCAGAAAAAGCGGUUCCUGUGGGUGCGAUUUCCUAUUUUACAGUAUCACAAAGAGGAUUACAACCUGAAAUUCAAUAUGUUUAUGACCUUGAGAUUCCUCUUGAUGUAGAACCAAAGCCACUUGAUGGCGAAGUGGAAUGCUUUUAUUUAUGGGACAUGGAUGAGCUCGUUAAGCAUAUUAAAGCGGACGAAUUUAAACCUAAUUGUGCACUAGUUGUGAUCGAUUUUCUGAUUCGGCAUUCAAUUAUUGAUCCGAACAAUGAACCUGAUUAUCUGGAUAUUCUAAACAGACUUCACAGACGCCUCGAUUUCCCAACGAUGACUAUUUAGAUCAACUUAUUAGUAUAUGAGAUCCAUGAAUUCAUGCUAAAUUUAAUUAAUCAGAUAUUCAGGUCAAGUAACAGAACAUGUGAUCAUUGAUUGAUAGUAAAAAAUAUGGCCAGAAUUAUAAUUAAUUUUGGCGAAAUUAUAUUUAUGUCAUGUGAUUUACUCUAAAUUAAUGCUUUUUGGUUGUGGUUUUAGGUUUUAUUUAUUCUUAAUCAUUAAAUUUUAGGUUUUUAGAUAUAUAAUUUCUAUUAACUAGCAGUUAAUAAAUAUAAUCUAUUAUUAUUAUUUUUAAUUUAAA